CCCCAUCUUCAAUCACUCGUCCUUCAACUCCAAGAAAACAUUUUUUUUUUCACCUAAACCUCUCUACCAAUACUUCAUUUCCUCAUUAUCUUUUGUUCACUAUAGCCCAAACUUUCCCUGUUUUGAAGUUUUGAUAUUCUUAGGAAAACAUGGCUAUGGUUUCAAGAUUCCUGGUGAUGUCAUUGUUUAUCAUGUUAAACUUUUUGGAAAGAGAUGAUAAACGGAUGGUAAUGGCGGUUGAUGAAGAUGCUAAAGCACUUUGUAGUGUAAAUCUUGCACAAGUUCUUCCUCCUCCUUAUGGUGGUUUGGAAAAUGUGGUCUGUCGACCUGUUUGGAAUUCUUUCCUGCUACGUUACUCACAGACUAAAGACAACGUUGUCACAAUUGUAUUAUCAACUGUGUACACAACUGGAUGGGUUGGAAUGGGAUUCUCGCGAGAUGGAAAAAUGAUCAAUUCGAGCUGUAUGGUUGGUUGGGUGAAUCCUUCAGGACAGGGAAAAAUCAAACAAUAUUAUGUUGAGGGCUUAACACCCUCAAAAAUUAAACCAGAGAAAGGCGAGCUGCCACUGACAAGCGUUCCACCCCUCAUUUAUCUUCAAGGCGCCACGAUAUACUUGGCCUUCCAGUUGAAGUAUCCGAAUCGUCUCAAAAACCAACCGAUCUUACUUGCAUUUGCAACCAAAUAUCCUCAUCACCACCACCUUACUGUACAUGAUGACAAAACAACCAUACUGUUCGACUUCUCUUCAGGUACUUCAUUUGAUGUUUCGACUGGACUUAAUGACUACACUAGCUCGAAAAAGACUCAUGGAGUAUUGGGUAUAUUGGGAUGGGGACUAUUCUCUCCCCUUGGAGCGAUUUUUGCGAGAUACUUAAAGAGCCAAAAAUCAUGGUAUUACUUUCACGUAUCUGCUCAGUUCAUAGGAUUCAUAUUAGGACUCGCAGGAGUGGUUCUUGGAGUUCAACUCCACAACAAGCUGCAGGUCCAUAUUCCUGCACAUCAAGGCGUUGGCAUUCUCAUUCUUGUGCUUAGCAUUCUUCAGGUGUUGGCAUUCUUUCUACGGCCAGAUAGAGACAGCAAAUACCGCAAGUUAUGGAAUUUGUAUCAUGGUUGGGUGGGGAGGAUUGCCCUCUUCUUUGCAGCUGUGAACAUAGUAUUGGGAAUGCAUUAUGCAGGUGCAGGACAAAGCUGGAAAAUAGGUUACGGAUUCCUUCUUGGUUCAGUAAUGCUGGUGUGUAUCGUUCUUGAAACGCUGUUGAGGCUGAAGAAGCUGGAUGAGCCAACAUCCUAUCCCAUGAAUUCAACUUAGAAGGAUAUCAAAGUAUAAAUGGUGAACGAGAUUGAUGCUAGAUUUUGCUUGCCAAAUCAUUUUUGGAUCAAGUUUCUUCCACUACUAGAGUUCUCCUUGCUGAACUCUCCGUAAAUAUGUUUUCAUCGAUGAAUUUAGACUCGAGAUGUGCUUCCUAGAAGAUUUUCCACGUUGCGUCCAAGGAUCAAAGCUAAUUCCCAGAACUGUGAUCAUAUACCUUUUUAGUUCUGUCAAAUUUUCAUUAUGAACAAGAAAGAAGUGAACCUUCCCUUUUGUAUUUUACUUUCAGUGCCCUUGAAGGGUUAAAUGUAAUGACAAUUUUGUUUGGAGUGAAUAGUGGUUUGUGGAGAUUAAAUGCAAAGCUGUAUGAAAUGAUCCAUGUGUAUUUUUCCUUGUUACUCGUCAGAGUUGUUACAUAAGACUUCAUGUUUA